AUGGAUGCUCCACCACCUAUCCCGCCACGCCCAUCCGGGUACGAGCUCCGGGGUCCGGUGAACCCUUCUUUGCCUCCCCGGCCGAGCCCGUCUGGACAGCAACAAUUCCGACAGGUUCCUGACGUUCCACCGCCACCACCACGACCGCAUACAAUACGUCAGCCAAUGACAUGGGGACCAUUAUCCAAUCUCGACGGCACGGCGACACCACUAAUGAUGGCCCUACUGGCUGCCUUCUUCGCCCGUCUCGACUCUAGAGGUACAGGUACUAUCACACCCGAGACUCUGUCGGCCUUCUUGGAUGUGCACGGAUUUUUAGGGGGGGACAACGUCUGGAAAUCAAACCUAGCCCCGAAUGUCAUGUUCCAACCAGAAGACCUGGCAGACUUCGAACUGAAGGCUGCAUGCGAAGCAUGGUCCUUUGAGCACCGCGUCGCUGUGCGCAACCCUGGACGCCCACAGCUUCCAUACGGUGGAAUGCCAAUGCUUACACUGCAGGGUUUCACAGAUAUGAUGGCCGUCGAGCACGCGUCUGACCCGGAGCUCGCGUGGCGCGGCAUCAACGCAGCAUUACGCUACUAUGACGUCUGGAGAGAACUUGGUCCUCUGCCCCGCGAGUGUCUACUUCCCGGAACGGGCCCUCCGAUAGAAGUCCAGCGCCGUAUCGAGCAAGCCGGGGCGCGCGCCCGGAGGACAGCGGCCGAGAGGAUCGAGGCGAACCGAGUCAAGCACGCACUACAGGCGCAGGGCCGUAGGAAUGCUGAGGAGUUAGCUGGUGAUUAUUACUACGUUAGGAGGGACUACUACUGA